GCCCUACACCAAAAAUAAGACCUAGUGAUGAGUGUGGCUACACAGCGUAUCUGCACAACCCAUGCAUUUCGUCACGCAGCGGUAUAGAAGACAAGCAGCACUUCUCAUCUGCCCCAUGGUGACAGCUACUAUCCCAGAGGUAUCUUCCCCUUGUGAAGAGCAGCAGAAAAUGACCAAGUCUCAGAUUGAACAGAAAUGUCCUGUUACAGGGAUUCGUGUCAUUCAAGGAUGUGACUGUGGACUUCACUCAGGAGGAGUGGCAGCAGCUGGACUCUGCUCAAAGAAACCUAUACAGGGAUGUGAUGCUGGAGAACUAUACCAACCUUAUUUCAAUGCAGACAGCUUCAGCAACAGACUAAACCAAGGAAAAGAACGAAACUCAGAACCUGAAGACAAGGCUCUUGAGCUAACCCAGUCAUUUAAAGAGGUAGAGAAGGCUGAACAAUCAGAGACAUAUGGGAUUGUGUAAGCAAACAAACACACAAAAUUACAGGUUAUCCUUGAUGGGGGAGAAGAAAGAGCUAAAAAUACAGAAGAGAUACUUAAGGGAAUUAUUGAGGAAAACUUCCUUCAUAUCAUCAGAGAUCCAGACAUCCAGAUACAAGAUGGUUCUAGAACAUUGGGAAGAUUCAUUGCAAGUAGGGCAUCUCCAAGAUACAUAAUAAUCAACCUAGCCAAAAUCAAAAUGAAGGAGAAAAUUCUACAAGCAGCAAGAUGAAAACAACAAAUAACCUACACAGGAAAACCCAUGAGGCUAACUGCAGACUUUUCACCAGAAACCUGACAAGCCAAAAGGAAGUGGGGCCCUAUUGCCAAUUUUCUUCAGCAGAACAACUGCCAGCCAAGAAUUUUGUGUCAUUCAAAACUAACUUUCACAAUUGAUAGUGAAAAUAAGUCUUUUUUCAGACAAGCAGACAGAGAGGGAAUUUGUCAUGACCAGACCUGCCCUUCAGGAAAUACUAUGAACUGAAUCAGCACAAUAGAUAACCACCAGUGUAAAAUCACCCAAAAAAGCUAAAGUUCACAACUCUUAUAAAACAAUAGCA